ACAUGCACACACACUCUACUGAGUGUGUGGGGACAUUUACCUCUCAGCAGGGUGACCUUUGAUCAAUUGAGUUAUAUUAUGUUGCUCCAGUGAAGGCGUCAGAGUCAGUGUUGCAGCUGCAGUGCGUCUUCUCUGUCCUCCACAAACAGGACAAAAUGAAGACAGACGACUCUUUGGAGAAGAAUGGUAUUCGCGGAGUCUCUUUUGCAGAAGACAGUGUCAGAUGGAAACGGGAAUCCGAGGCUUCCAGUCCAGAACAUAAUGAUCUGGACAACAGUGAAAUACUCCACCCCUCCCCAUUCAGAAAAUACCACCAGAGCCUUCAGACCCUCAAACCCAUCCGCUGGUCCUCCUCACAGUCUCACCCAUUGGACAAUGCAGGUUUCCUGUCCUUUACGACCUUUGCCUGGAUGACCCCCAUGAUGUGGGCCAUGUUCAGGAAUAGGCUGGACGUGAACUCUCUCAACCUGUCUCCUAUGGACGUAGCCACCACCAGUGGUGAUAGGCUUCAGAGACUCUGGGAAGAAGAGGUGGAAAAGGUGGGUCUGGAGAAAGCCUCUAUGGUUCGUGUGAUCCUCCGCUUUCAAAGAACCAGGCUGAUUCUGUCCGUCAUGAUUGGCAUUCUUGCCAUGGUGGCUGUAUUUCUGGGUCCGGCUGUUCUGGUCUAUAAGAUCUUAACCUAUGUCGAAGACCCAGGGACGUCUUCAGUGACCUAUGGUGUUGGUCUGUCUUUGGGACUGUUCACCUCGGAGUUCUUCAAAGCCUUCCUAAUGUCCUUGCUUUGGGCGGUGAGCCUGCGCACAGCUGUCAGACUGAAAGGUGCCUUCUCCUCGAUGGCCUUUCAGAAAGUCAUCUCUCUGCGGGCGCACAGCAACAUUUCAACGGGAGAGAUGAUUAAUGUUUUGACCAAUGAUGGCCACAGAUUAUUUGAGGCAGUAUUGUUUGGGAGCUUUAUGCUGGCUGUCCCGGUGCUCUUAAUUGUGUGCAUAGUAUAUGCCUGCUUUGUUCUGGGCUACACCGCGCUGACUGGAGUUGGUACCUACCUCAUCUUCAUCCCUGUACAGUUUUUCUUGGCCAAAGUCAUUAACAUUUUCAGAUGGAAGGCCAUGUUGCUAACAGACAGCCGUGUUCGCACAAUGAAUGAGAUUCUCAACAGCAUCAAACUUAUCAAGAUGUACGCCUGGGAAGAUUCAUUUGAGAAGAAGGUUGCAGACUUAAGGAAAAAUGAGAAGAAAAAGCUGCAGAUGGUCAGUUACAUCCAGAAUAUUAAUACCAGCAUCACCAGCAUCAUCCCCACCCUCGCCACCGUUCUCACCUUCGUGGUGCACACAACGCUGCGCUUAAGCCUCAACACAUCUGACGCCUUCACCACCAUCGCCAUCUUCAACUCCAUGAGGUUCUGCCUGGCUCUGCUGCCUCUGUGUGUGAAGGCUCUGGCUGAGGCUGCUGUGUCAGUGGCACGACUCAGGAAAAUAAUGAUGAUCCAGAAUCCAGAGCCAUACCUGAUGCAGAGGAAAGACAGCGACUCAGCCAUAGUGAUGAAAAAUGCAACACUUUCCUGGACCAAAACAGCCAGCAAACAGCCAGCCCCCGAGCCCAGCACAGACAAUGGAGUGAAGGGACACAAGGUGGACGAGGUGUCCCAGAAUGAGAAGACUGAAACCUUGCCAGCGCUGAGAAACAUCUCCUUCACACUGCCUAAGGGCAACCUGCUCGGUGUCUGUGGGAAUGUGGGAAGUGGAAAGACGUCGCUGAUUUCAAGCAUUUUGGAACAGAUGCAUCUUCUUCAGGGCUCCAUCGCAGCAGACGGAUCAUUUGCCUACGUUUCCCAGCAGGCCUGGAUUUUCCAUGGAACUGUUCAGGAAAACAUCCUAAUGGGGGAACCUUUUGACCAGGCCAAAUACGACAGAGUUGUGGAUGUCUGUAGUCUCAGAACUGACCUGAAAAUCCUCCCAUAUGGUGAUCAGACAGAGAUUGGCGAGCGGGGGCUCAAUCUUUCGGGGGGGCAGAAGCAGAGGAUCAGCCUCGCCAGAGCUGUCUACUCCAACAGGGACAUCUUCCUCCUUGACGAUCCGCUGUCUGCUGUCGAUGCCCAUGUGGGGAAACAUAUCUUUGAAGAAUGCAUUAAGAAGCAGCUCCAGGGAAAAUCCAUCAUAUUAGUUACACACCAGCUCCAGUAUUUGGAGUUCUGCGAUGACAUCCUGGUUCUGGAGGAUGGGGAGGUCCGGGAGGCUGGAAACCACCAGGCCCUGAUGGAUGCCAGUGGACGCUACGCUCAGCUCAUCAGCAACUAUCAGAUGGAACAAUCCAAAACUCAGAAAGAGGAGGAAGAAGCAUCCCCUCAAGACACUGCCCAGUUAAAGGAGGUUGAGCUAAGAGAUCGCACAGGCAGUGGGGUAGUGAACCCAGCAUUUGACAUGUCAGAUGAAAAGGAUGAUGGAACAACAGCUGACCAGAGAUCUGCUGUCAAGACUGAGGAUCAGCUGGUCAGUCAGGAAUCCUCCUCAGAGGGCGCCAUCUCCUGGAGAGUUUACCAUCAGUACUGCCAAGCAGCUGGAGGCUACAUCAUCACCUUCCUCACCAUCCUGACCAUCGUCCUGAUGAUUGGAUCCACAGCCUUCAGCAACUGGUGGCUCAGCUUUUGGCUGGGGCAGGGUGAUGGGACAUCCAAUCAGACAAAUUCAAACCAUGGGGACAUCUCACAAAACCCAGACCUGCACUAUUACCAGCUGAUUUAUGGCGUUAUGGUGGUUGUCACGGUGAUACUUGCCAUCAUCAAGUGCUUCUUCUACACUCACGUCACCUUGCAUGCUUCCUGCAAACUCCACAACACCAUGUUCAAGAGGAUCGUCGACAGUCCCAUGAGUUUCUUUGACACGACACCGACAGGCCGUAUCCUCAACCGCUUCGCUAAAGAUCAAGAGGAGGUGGACACUGUGCUUCCCCUCCACAUGGACCCUUUCAUGCAGUUUUCUCUCAUGGUCACAUUCACAAUUAUCAUCAUCUCAUCCGUCUUCCCGCCCAUGCUCAUAGCCGUGAUUGUCAUGGGAGCUUUGUUCACCCUCAUUCUCUUUGUGUUCCAGAGGAGUAUCCGUCAGAUGAAGAAGAUGGAGAACAUCAGUCGCUCUCCCUGCAUCUCUCUUACCACCUCCAUGCUGCAGGGCCUCAGCACCAUUCAUGCCUACAACAUCAGAGACAGCCACAUAAAACUGUUCAAGUACCUGAACGACAUCAACUCCAACCACUAUUUACUCUUUCACUCUGGAACACGUUGGCUCUCCUUCUGGCUGGACUUCAUGGCUGCGACCAUGACCUUGUUGGUGGCUCUGUUUGUGGUGCUCAGCAGCAACGAUUUCAUCAGUCCAGCCUUGAAAGGCCUGGCAAUGUCCUACACCAUACAGUUGACAGGCAUGCUUCAGUACGUAGUCAGGCAGGCGACAGAGGUGGAGGCGAGGUUCAACUCGGUGGAGCGGUUACUGGAAUACAUCACGAGUUGCAAGCCUGAGGCCCCCAGACACAUUAAAGAAGCUAAAAUCCCAGAGGACUGGCCAAAGAGUGGAGCCAUCACCUUCCAGGACUAUAAGAUGAGGUACAGAGAGAAUACACCCAUUGUCCUGAAUGGACUCAAUAUCCCAAUCCGAGCUGGAGAGAAGCUGGGCAUUGUGGGAAGGACGGGCUCUGGGAAGUCCUCCUUAGGCGUGGCUCUGUUCAGGCUGGUGGAGCCAGCUGCAGGAACCAUCUUGAUAGAUGGAGUGGACAUUAUGUCCAUUGGGCUGCAGGAUCUGCGCAGCAAGUUGUCCAUUAUCCCUCAGGAUCCUGUGUUAUUCAUUGGCACAGUCAGAUACAACCUAGAUCCCUUUAAUAACUACACAGAUGAGGAGAUCUGGGCAGCACUGGAGAAGACAUACAUGAAGGACUCGAUCUCCAGACUGGAGGAGAAGCUCGAUGCACCGGUGAUGGAGAAUGGAGAGAACUUCUCUGUUGGAGAAAGACAACUGAUGUGUAUGGCUAGAGCGCUACUUCGUAACUCCAAGAUCAUUCUGUUGGAUGAGGCAACAGCCUCCAUCGAUGCAGAGACAGACACUCUGAUCCAGAACACCAUCAAAGAGGCCUUCCAGCACUGCACCAUGCUCACCAUUGCCCAUCGUAUCAACACUGUGAUGCACGCAGAUCGUAUUCUGGUCAUGGACAAUGGAGAGGCGGCAGAGUUAGACCACCCAGAUGUGCUGAAGCAAAGACCAGACUCUCUGUUCGCCUCCCUCCUGACAGCUGCUAACACCAUGAGCACUUGAACCACAGACGACCUGUGACACCAAAGCACAACUGCACAGCAGCAACUGUAACAUUAUGAUAAUUAUUCAUUUACACACCCAUAUCUUAAUCAGUAUUCUCACAUUAUAAUCUGGACAGGUGUGCUGGUAUCUGAUGUGACAGACGAGAUGGUUUAAUAUUAAUACAGAGAAAGACAAAAUGUAGUUUUUCACCUUUCAAACAGUCUAAAUAGCGCUACAUGUGCCUCUCUGUCAUCUAAAACAGAUAUAUGGACAUUGUUUUUCAUGUCUUUCAUGACAGUGGAUCGAUCUGCCAUGUUUAUUUAAAACCUAUUAUUUAUUGAUUUUCUAUGUCUUUGCAAACCACAAUAUGUGGAGUUUCAAUCUGCCAUGUGAAUAUGCACUACAUAUGUUUUUUUUAUCAUGUUAAAGAACUGUAUAUAGAAAAUGUAACUCAUGUCACAUUAACAGAUUACAGACAAACAGAUACAGUGGUAAUAAAUCAGUGAAAUUUGUAAGUUUCUAUCACUCAAA